UGGAUUUUUAUUUAGAAAAGUAAAAUAUUUGGAUUACGAUGGAAGAGACUGUUGAUGAAAGUGAUUAUUUACUAGAAUGGAAAAGGUUGGCGACGUUUAAAAACUGGCCUAAUCCCAAUAUCUCACCGCAAUCGCUGGCAAAAGCAGGUUUUUACUAUUUAAACCGUUCGGAUCAAGUGAAAUGUGCCUGGUGCAAAGGCAUAAUUGCUAAGUGGGAGGAACAAGACGACGCCUUUGAGGAGCACAAACGCUUCUUUCCCGAAUGCCCACGCGUGCAAUUGGGUCCACACAUAGAGAUGUCGAGCAAUGGCAUACGUGAUUUGGGCAUACAACAGAUUUCUCCACCGAAAAAGCCAAAAUUUUCCUCAUUAGACUCGCGGCUCCGGACAUACACCGAUUGGCCAAUUCCAGACAUACAACAGCCCGAGGCGUUAGCACAAGCUGGCCUCUAUUAUCAGAACGUUGACGACCAAGUGCGCUGUUUUCAUUGUAAUAUUGGAUUGCGCUCGUGGCAACGCGAAGAUGAUCCAUGGUUUGAACAUGCCAAGUGGUUUCCCCAAUGUCAAUUCGUGCGCCUAGUGAAAGGUGCGAGUUACAUUCAGCAUGUGCAGGAGUUGACACGGCAAUGUGGCCAUCAGCUACAUAGCGAGAUGACAAUUGAUGAAGCUAUGAGUACAGCACCAGUGCUACAGGCCUUGGAAAUAGGUAUCGAUGGCGGUUCUAUACGAAAUGCAACGCAAAGGCAACUUUUGGCUGUUGGACGGCCUUAUGACACAGUUGAAGAUCUAAUACAAGCAGUAUUUUGUGAUCCAGAAGAUGCUGAAUCAAAUGCAAGUAGACAGUGCACCGAAAGCUUGAGAGCUUCUUUGGAACAAGAUGUAUCACGUUUAAUAAAUAUAAUGGAUGAAACAUUGAAUGCGAAUAAUGUUCAAAAUCAGCAUUUUGUAAAUGAAAUGAAUACACCCAGCUGUUCAGCUGCAGUAACAAAUUCAUUGCAUGCGGAAAAUAUUGAUGAUAACAUACAAAUGGCGGCUAAUGCUGAUAAAAGUGUAAUUGUAAGCACCGAAAAAACUACUGAACCAUCGUUAAGUAGAACGCUGUCGCUGGAAGAGGAAAAUCGAAAACUGAAAGACGCACGUUUAUGCAAAGUGUGUCUGGAUGAGGAGGUUGGCGUAGUAUUUUUGCCAUGUGGACAUUUGGUCACCUGCGUACAGUGCGCGCCAGGCGUCGGUCAAUGUCCCAUGUGUCGCGCAGAUAUUAAAGGUUUUGUUCGCACUUACCUAUCAUAAAUGGUGGAACAUUCACAAUUUAUUUCCUGUCACAGUGUUAUAUUAAUUUAUUAUAUCAUGUAGUCCAAGGCAAAUUCAUAUAAGGUGGUGUUACCAGAGUAGCUGACUUCAAGGCGAAUUGUGCUGAUGGUCAAAAUGAUGAGCUUGUUGUGUUUGGAUGGUCAUUUUGCUUAUAAUUUGUUAGUGUCGUUUUUUUUUUGUGCGCCGCUAUAACCUUAUAUGAAUUCGCCUUGAUGUAGUCGAUAUAAAACAUGCGUUUGUACAUGCAAACAUAAAUACAAGUACAUACAUAUAUGAAUGUUACUACAUAGGUUCGAACGGUAAGGCACGUUUUGUCGUAAUAAUUUUACAUAUAUAGAUAAUGUUACAAAAAAGAAAGCUUUUUACUUAUUACUGUACGAUAAACACAAAACUAUUGUUUAAAUGGUAUGUAGUAACAUACAUACCUAUCUACCUUGCAACAAAUCAAAUAAUGUAGUUUGUUAUGUUUUUAGGACUUUUAGAAAGUCAAAUGAAAUUAAUUUUCAUAAAAAUCGAAUGUAAUUUAACGAAAUGAUGUGUUUUUUCUUUAGUGUGUAUUUCAUGUGAAAAUAAAAAGGUUACAAAUUAUAUACAUAAAUACUGUAUGUUUUAUAAAAUAUGCGAACUUAUUUAAAUUGCUUUCCGUAAAUUUUUUUAUUGUAUAAGCUCACUGCUUAUUAUAUA